UAAUGUCUUCAAAUAACCAGUGGUCGGCAGAUGAGGAUGAAGGCCAGUUAUCUCGAUUGAUCAGGAAAUCUAGAGACUCCCCCUUUGUCCCUGUAGGAAUAGCAGGCUUUGUGAGUGUGGUGUCCUAUGGUCUCUACAAGUUAAAAUACAGAAGAGAUCAGAACAUGUCCGUUCACCUUAUUCACAUGAGAGUUGCUGCCCACGGAUUUGCUGUAGGAGCUGUGACUCUAGGUGUUCUCUAUUCUAUGUAUAAGGAUUACAUUAGACCGCGAUUCUUCAAUGUGUCCAAAAAAUGAAGCUGCAGACAAGAAAGACAAGAAGGCUUUUGAAAACUAUUUAUUAUGAAGAAUGACUUUUCAAUAUAUAGCAAAUUAUAUGGCAGAAGUUUCA